AGUCCGCUCUGACUUGUCAGUCAUUUGAUUCAGUGUAACAAGAACAAAUGGUGUGUGGAGUGGCUCGCGCACUGGAGCACCCACAACCUUGAAAAAUGGAUAUCAUGUAUGUUUUUUGUUCAGUGGUUCUGCUCGGUGCUGUUGUACCGGUCCAGAGUGAGACACAUUCCCUGUACUACAUCUACACAGCUUUAUCCAAACCUGUGAAUCUGCCAGGCAUCUAUGAUUUCACAGCUAUGGGUUUACUGGAUGACAGACAGAUUGAUUACUACAACAGCAAGGAACAAAAAAAGAUUCCUAAACAGGAUUGGAUGAAAGAGAAAUUGCCACAGGAUUACUGGGAUAAAGGUACCCAAUCCCGAAAGAGCAAAGAACAGUGGUUUAAUGUGAAUGUUAACAUUCUGAUGGAACGAAUGAAUCACACUAAAUCAGAUGUUCAUGUUCUUCAGUGGAGACAUGGUUGUGAAAUUGAAAGACAGGGAAAUGAAGUGACAUUCACCAAAGGUAUCGAUGAAUACAGCUAUGAUGGUGCAAACUUCCUUUCCUUUGAUGAUACGACCUCGCAGUGGGUUGCCCCAUGUGAUGCAGCUGUCCCAACAAAGAGGAAAUGGGAUAAAGUGCCCAUCUUAAACCAGUACACCAAGGGCUACCUGGAGAAAGAGUGUGUGGACUGGCUGAACAAGUUCAGAGAAUAUGGAGACGAGGAAAUCAGAAAACAAUCUAAACCAGAGGUUCUUGUGUUUGCUAAACGGGCUACCGGUAACAAAAACAACUUGAAACUCACCUGCAUGGCCACUGGCUUCUACCCCAAAGAUGUGACUUUGGUCAUUAGGAAAUAUCGCACAUCUCUGCCUGAAAAUGAGAUUGAAUCCACAGGAGUCAGACCAAAUCAUGAUGGAUCAUAUCAGCUGCGAAAGAGUGUGGAAAUAGCAGAAAAUGAAAAAGCAGAUUAUGAUUGUUUUGUGUCACACAUCACCCUACAAGAACCAAUAAUCACCAAAUGGGAUGGAAAAUGCAGUGAUUGCAGUGAAUCCCUGGCUCUUGGUGUUGUGAUCGGCGCUGUGAUUGCAGUUGUUAUCUGUAUAGCUGUAGCAGUUGGCAUUUUUCUUUACAUGAAAAAAAGAAAUGGAAACCAGAAUAAUGCUAAUAGACAAGUGAACAACAUUGAACAGAAUGCUGAAGAGAAUCAUGCUUUGGUUCAUCAAGCACCAUCAGACAGCAGUGGCAAUAGUUCUCUGGAGGAAGUGAACAAAUCUGAUGGUGGAAGCACUGGAAGCAAGGAGAGAAGAACACCUGAUUCUGGACAAGGGAGCUCAGGCGAAUCUUCAGACAACAGUCCGACUAGCUCUCAGGAGAAAGUGAAUGUUGAAAAUGAACAGGUGUGAGGUUCCAGUGCUGACGGACUAAUAAAGGAGUCUACAGAUACAGAAUCAAUAACCCAACAGAUCAACCCCUGAUACAAAGUAACAGUGACUGAUGAUUCAUAUGAAAUGAUACAGUUUAUUAUUUAUCAUUGUCAAAGUUCAAAAUUACAUUUUUUACUGUACGUUGCAUAUGAAUUGCAGUUAUGUAAAUCUGAAUUAUAGAUAUAAUUGUAGAUUAUAAAUCUAAGCCAAAUCUUUUAGUUGGGCAAAGACCCAGAUCAAGAUUGAAAAUAUAUUUUUUGAUUAUUAUUACUACUACUGAAAUGCAUUUUUUUCUGAGAUGGUGAAGGCUUUUUUAUCUGCUUUAGCUGUCAUUCUGUUUAAUGGGAUAUGUUAAUUUAGUUAGUAACAGUCUUUUAGAACAGCCAAAUUAUUUUUAUAUAAAGGGUUGUUUUAGAGCUGUGGCUUAAAAUUUUGUUUUCAAUGCUUUGAACUCUGAAUUUUCCCAAUAGAGAUCACAGAAAUUUUACUAGAUCUAAUUAUUGAAAUUGUAUUAAAUUUAAGGAAAGCAAAAAUGGUCUCUGUGGGUCUGUAUUGGUAAUGUGUUGGCUAAUUAUCAUGGGAUGUUAUCAGACAGAUAAAAAAGAAAGACCCCUAGGCCCUAGCAGCUUUGAAGCUGAUGAUUUAUUAAUUGUAUGUACAGCUUAUCUUUAAUGUGUAUGUUUGUUAAUAUUUUGAAAAGUAAGAUUUUCAAAUAAAGAUGAAAUAAAAUACAUUUCUAAAAAA